AAGGAAAAUGAAGAAAAAAAAGAGUGCAAAACCUAGAAAAGGGCACCCGGCGGGGGGCGAAUCCCUCCUUCCAGCCCCGCCAUCUCCAUGGCGGCACAGCGCAGACCCGCCCGCCGCCGUUCCUAGGAGACGGCACGGCCGCCUCGGCACCACCGGGGCCGGCCCCGGCUCCGAUCCCGGCCCUGAUCCCCGUCCCGGCGCCUCCCGCCCCGCCGGCACCAUGGCUGAGGAAAAGUCUGCCAAACUGUAUCUAGAAGAAAGUGCAUUUGAAGCACUGGAAAAAGACUUCCAAGAAGUCAUCAAUCUACUUAAGGGAGAUAAAACUCUGGAAAAAUUCCAGAUAGAAUAUGAAAAGCUCCAUGCUGUUUUGAAGAAGUCCCAUGAAAAUGAGAAGCGUCUCAUGGAAAAAUGCAGGGAGCUGAACGCUGAGCUUGUGGUGAAUUCAUCCAAAGUAGCUGCACUUACGAAGCUCACUAAGGAUGAUCGGGAAACUAUAUCAUCAAUGAAGACGGAGAUUGAAAAGGCCUGGAAAAUGGUGGAUGCAGCCUAUGAAAAGGAACAGAAAGCAAAGGAAACAAUUCGUUCACUGCAAGAGGAAAUUGCGCGCCUGACUAACUUGGCGGAGCGGGAAUCUGGUCCGUCCUUGGGUCAGGACUACAAUAUCAGAGAUUUGCUAAAACUUAAAGAAGAGAUAACAAAGGAGCGAGACCAACUCUUGUCAGAGGUCGUGACGUUACGCCAAAAUCUAACUCAAGCCACAGAGCAGCAGCAGGAUACAGAGAGGGCAAAAAACGAGGCAGAACAAGCUGUAAUGCAGCUUCAGCAAGAAAUCCAGAUGCGUCAGAAUGAGGCGUCACGAGAAGCUCGAAAGAAGGAAAAAAUGGAGAAGGAGUUGAAAAAUCUUCAAGCUGAAAUGGAUAACAAGCAAUCUGAGAUCAAGAAUUUACAGCAAGUUAUACACAGGAACAAAGAGGAACAAGCAAAAACGGAACGGCAUCUAAAAGAGCAGAAGAUCUUGAGUGAAAGAGCUGGUAAGGAACUUGAGCAAAUUCAGAUGAAAUAUAGUCAGCUCGUUCAAGAGAGUAUGCACCAUAAUACGAUGUUUGAAAAUGUGAUGAAGGAUGUACAUCAGAAGACAACAGAACUGAAAGCCAAAGAGGAGGAAGUGAAUCAAAUGCGCCUUGAAAUUUCAAAGCUGAACAAAUUAAGAGAUGUUCUACAGGGUAAGCUGCGUGUUGCAGAGGAACAAAAAGUUGAUGCAGGACAUGAGAGAGAGACCCUAAAAAGUGAAAUAUCUGGACUAGAGAAAGAGUUGGAGGCUGCCAAAAAACAGGCAGAGAUUGACAAGAAAGCUAUAAAUGAGCUUGUGAGGGAAAGGGAUAUGCUAAAUAAGAAGGUGAUCAAGGCUGCUAAUGCCACUCAGAAGCAGAUAAAUUUGGUGAAGCUCCAUGAACAGUCCAAGAGAAAUUUAGAAGAAGAAAUCCAAAAUUAUAAAAAUGAAGCUCAGAAACAAAGGAAGAUUAUUUACCAGUUGGAGAAGGACAGAGAUAAUUUCAUCAAUGAAGUCAGUGAGCUCAAACAGAAGGUCCUCCAGCACCUGAAGGAUAUUGAAAUACGGGAAAUUCAGAUCUGUGACUAUGAGAAGAAAAUAGCAGAGUCUGAGAUUAAACUAAAGCAGCAACAAAACCUCUGUGAAACUGUGAGAACAGAGAGGAACCUAUACAGUAAAAAUCUGGUUGAAGCUAAGAAUGAGAUAGCAGAAAUGAAGAAUAGACUAAAAACCGUAACACAUCAGGUGGAUCAGCUGAAAGAGGAGAUCACAGACAAAGAAGCAGCUCUUGUGAAAGCUCAUCAAGAACAUCAGCAAACAGAGAGGGAGAAAGAAACAUUGAAGGCUGAACUUCUUAAGAUGAAAAACCAGGCUCUGGAGACCAAGCACUUUAUAGAAAAUCAGGAGGCAGAAGAGAGAAAACUCCUAAAAAUUAUUGCUGAGGCUGAUGCUGAGAGGCUGAAGCAGAGGAAGGAAUAUGAGCGGGUUAUCAACGAGAGAGAUAUCCUAGGGUCCCAGCUUGUUCGGCGCAAUGAUGAGGUGGCUCUGCUCUAUGAGAAGAUCAAAAUCCAGCAGUCCAUCUUAAACAAGGGUGAGGCCCAAUACCGACAGAGAAUGGAAGACAUCCGGCUUCUCAAGCUGGAGAUCAAAAAACUUCGGCGUGAGAAAGGAAUACUUGGCAAAAGUGUGGCUAAUGUGGAGGAGCUCAGACAGGAGGUUCAUCACAUGCGGAAGGAGCUAUUAAGAGAACAAACUCGGUGCAAAGUUCUGGAAGAAGAACUGGAGAAUCCCUUGAAUGUUCACAGAUGGAGAAAAUUAGAGGCCAGUGACCCAAGUACCUAUGAGCUGAUCCAGAAAAUACAGAGGCUACAGAAGCAGCUUAUCAGCAAGACGGGCGAAGUGAUAGAGAAGGAAUUGCUCCUGCAGGAAAAGGAAAAACUAUAUGUGGAACUGAAGCAUGUCUUGGCCCGUCAGCCUGGACCUGAAGCCGCAGAACAGUUGCAGCUCUACCGGCAUACUCUUCGAGAGAAGACUAAACAGCUGAAAGUUUUGUCCUCAGAAUUGAAUAUGUAUGAGUCACAGAGCCAAGAAUACAAAUAUGAAAUUGAAAGGCUUGCCAACGAGCUUCUGAACGUGAAAAAGAAAUAUCUGGCUCAGAAACGCAAGGAACAACAGGCCAAGGAGAAGGAACGAUCCUUGGCUGACAUGGAAUCUGAGUUUCCACGCCGCAAACCUGAUGUUCCUCGCUUCACUGGAGGGGGCUUUGCUCUCAGCAGACCCCUUCCCCGAGUCACAGCUUAGCAAUGGACUUACCCCAUUCCCUUCCCCGGUUUCUUGCUAAACUCUGUGCCGGGCUGUUUGACAAACUAGAA